CUCUCUCUACCAAACCUGCAAGGAAGGAAGUGUCUGUCUCUGUCUCUUCUGAUUCUGAUCUUGUCAACCCUUGUCUAUUGUGUGCGGUCAUUGAGAUUUGGAAAUCAGCAAACUCUUAAAAAUCAAAGUAAGUUUAUAAUUUGUAUUUUAAUACCGAGGUUUAUCUUCACAAUUUUGGUGUUUUAAUUAAUGUUUUAGAUCCAGGAAGUUUCAAAUAAUCUGUUUGAAAAAGAAUUUGAUGGCGUCUUGCUUGGGCUUUGACAGUAUAGCGUCGUUUCCCGCUACUUUUCUUGAGUGUUUGGUUUAAUAUGUUUUAUUCACUUUCAAGCUAUUUAAAUUCCAUGAUAACAUCAAAAUACAAAUCGCGGUAUUACAAAUGAAUUAUGAUGUCAAGUUGUUUGAUAUUCCCUUACGAUACAGUUAAAAAUGUCUGACGAAAAUGGAGUGGUCACCGAGAAGAGGCGUGGACGCCCUGCAAAACCCGCUGCAGAAGUCACAGCAAAACCUGUAGAGGAGAAAGAGGUAAAGGAGACUAAAGAGGUAGCAGCAAAGAAAAGGGGGAAGGCUGCAGCUGUUGAAAAACCCGAGAAAGAGGAGGAGGAAGUGAAGAAGACUGAGGAGGAGCCCCCCGCAAAGAGGGGACGAGGCAGGCCCCCCAAGAAGGGCAAGAAAGCAGCAGCAGCUAAACCUAAGGGCGCUGCCAGCUCGACCGGCAGGGGAAGGGGUAGGCCACGCAAAACCGACAAAAAAGAGGAGGAGGAUGAAGAGGAAGAAGAAACUAACGGUGAACCUGAGGAUGAAGAGAACGGCGAUGAAGAAAAAUCCGACUAAGCUAUUAUCAGUAAGCUACUUACUCUGAUGCAAGAGUGAUAUUUCUUUUUUUAUACACAAGUCAAAUUUUCUCAUCAAUCGAAUGUUUGUUUAUACUGCUAAAGUAAAGCUCAAGUCCUAAUUUUCAUAGAUAUCGAAAAAAUAUGAAAACCUUCGUGUUCAAAUUGUGAUGUUUUUACUAAGUAAAAAUAUAGGUACUUCUGUUUGAAAGGACUUUGAACUACUGUAGCUUGGAUACCAUUUUUAUGAUCUUAGACUAUUUAGAGUAUUAUAUUAUUGUGUAUGUGAUUUAAUUUAGGAUAAACUAGUAUAUUCUCUCCAGAAAAUGGAAUCCCACCUAUUUAAAAAAAUGAGGACAGGCUUCAAUAUAACUUCAUCAAGAGGAUAAUAAUUCAUCAAUUAAUUAAUCACGAACUGCGAUUCACUUGAAAUUUUAAGAAUUGUAAAAAUAGCAGUCUCAUUUUUUUAAAUAUUUUGUGAUUAAAAGCUACUUUGACAAUGAGAUCAUUCACCGAAAGAUGUCAAAGUAAAUAACUUUCAAUCACAAAAGUUGAAAAAAUAAACUGCUAGUCUUGCAGUUUUAUCAAAUUUCAAAGAUAAUAGUAAUUAUAAUAAUUCUGAAAAUGGGAUUAAAAUUCAAUCAAUUUAAGUUCACUUUAUUCAUUGUCAAUUAUUGCUCAAAUAGCUUUUCUUUAUCUUGGUGAAUUUAUUUGAAACAUCCCUCAGGAUGAACAAAACGACGCGGAAUAGUUUUUUGUUUUAUGUUUAUAUUUAGUAUAAAAUUCGUAAAAUUGUCAUGAAUAUGACUUUUCACCUUCAAUUUGUAAUAUUCUAUAAUCAAUUUGUUUUUUAUAUUCUCUCUAUUUAUUCUAUGUUAUGUAUUUCGCAUUAUCAACUUACUACUAUUUUUAGUAUCUGUAGUUCUUUUUCUAUUUGCUAAUAAUUACUGCCAAGUGGUAAUUUUUGUAAUUUGGUUAGAAUGUUGUGUAGUCUGCCGUUCUCGCAUUUACUAUUGGAAAAAUAAUUUUUAUCAUGCUGUACUUCUAGUUAUGUUUAUGACAUUCUCUAGAAAAUUUUUGAAUGGUUCAACUACACAGCUAUUUUUUAUCAGAUUUUUUCAUAACUGAUGGUAUGUAUGAAACAAAGUUACAUUCAUAUUGAUUUGUAAGAUCCUAUUUUUUAAGAACAAUAAUUUGUCUCCCAGCUUCUGUAGUGUUUGUUAUAAGCUAUGUAUAGUAUUUGUCACGAGCAUUUGAUUGUUAGGAUUCGCUUAAUUGACGGAAAUAAUUCUUUCAUUAUCAAUUUUUCAUUUGAUUUAUCCAUUUUUGACAACAGUAAGCUAUGUCUUGCUGACAAUGGCAUUUCCUCAGGGACCUCUCAUGUUCUCAUAUCUUUAUGUUAGGAAUAUAUUAUUUUGUACUUUAUUCCUUUUUUGUAUUUUGAUGAAUUUGACAGUUGAUGAGAUUUAUCUCAGUGUAUAACAUAUCACGAUUUUCAAAACAGAUUAUAUCACUUACUGAAGAUCUGUGCAAUUGUAACUACAUCUUGUAAUCUUAUCCAGGUAUGUCUGUAUUCCUUUUAUACCAUGAAGAGUUCCUGUAAUGACAGAUGUGUAAUAAAUUCAGUUUAUACCCA